GACGACAUCGCCCAUCUGGUCGGGUAUGGUGAGGCCAACACCAGCUCGGUGGAGCAGCUCCUUGUUCAGUUCUUGCACUUCAUUGCUGUGAAGCUCGAUCUUGACAAGCACUGCGUCUGUGUGCGCGAGGGAAACUUGAAGGAUGCGGACAAGUCUCAGUUCAAGCACAAACAUCCCCCGCACAUGUGCAUCGAAGAUCCGUUCGACCCUAAGGACAACGUCGCGCGAUCCCUGACCGAUCGAUCCGUCAAGACAGUCAAAGUUGAGUUCCUCCGGGCCCACGAGGUGAUGAGUCGGACGGGAGAC